GGUCGGGCCACCGCACUGCAACCUCGGGUCCCAGAGCGGCUGCAGCGCAGCGGCCAUCGACCCGGUGCGCCUCCCCGGUGCGCGCUUCUCCGCGCGCGGCCCCGAUGCUGGACAUGAGCGAGGCCCGCGCCCAGCCGCCCUGCAGCCCGUCUGGCACUGCCAGCUCCAUGUCGCACGUGGAGGACUCGGACUCGGAUGCGCCGCCCUCGCCCGCAGGUUCCGAGGGUCUGGGCCGCGCGGCGGGCGCGGGGGUCGGCGGCCGGGGCGACGCGGCCGAGGCGGCGGAUGAGCGCUUCCCCGCCUGCAUCCGCGACGCCGUGUCGCAGGUGCUCAAGGGCUACGACUGGAGCCUGGUGCCCAUGCCUGUGCGCGGCGGCGGCGGCGGCGCGCUCAAGGCCAAGCCGCACGUGAAGCGGCCCAUGAACGCCUUCAUGGUGUGGGCGCAGGCGGCGCGCCGCAAGCUGGCGGAUCAGUACCCGCACCUGCACAACGCCGAGCUCAGCAAGACGCUGGGCAAGCUGUGGCGCCUGCUGAGUGAGACUGAGAAGCGUCCCUUCGUGGAGGAGGCGGAGCGGCUGCGGGUCCAACACAAGAAGGACCACCCCGAUUACAAGUACCAGCCACGCCGCAGGAAGAGCGUGAAGACCGGCCAGAGCGACUCGGACUCAGGCGCCGAGCUGGGCCACCACCCGGGCGGUGUGUACAAGACUGAUGCCGGCCUGGGGGACGCGCACCACCACGGUGACCACACAGGGCAGACCCACGGGCCGCCCACCCCGCCCACCACCCCCAAGACUGACCUGCACCAUGGGGGCAAGCAGGAGCUGAAGCUGGAAGGCCGCCGCCUGGUGGACAGCGGGCGUCAGAACAUCGACUUCAGCAACGUGGACAUCUCCGAGCUGAGCAGCGAGGUCAUCGGGAACAUGGACACCUUCGAUGUCCACGAGUUCGACCAGUACCUGCCCCUCAACGGCCACUCGGCCCUGCCCGCCGAGCCUGGCCAGCCCGCGGCGGCCGGCUCCUACGGGAGCGCGUCCUACUCGCACUCCGGGGCGGCCGGCAUGGGGGCGUCCCCCGUGUGGGCUCACAAGGGCGCGCCGUCGGCCUCCGCGUCGCCCACCGAGGCGGGCCCCCCGCGGCCGCACAUCAAGACGGAGCAGCUGAGCCCCGGGCACUACGGCGACCAGUCACACGGCUCCCCGGGCCACACCGACUAUGGCUCCUACAGUGGGCAGGCCAGCGUCACCACCGCCGCCCCCGCCGCGGCCGCCAGCUCCUUCACCAGCUCGCAGUGUGACUACACCGACCUGCAGGCGCCCAGCUACUACGGCCCGUUCCCCGGCUACCCGUCCGGCCUCUACCAGUACCCCUACUUCCACUCACCCCGCCGGCCCUACGCCUCGCCCCUGCUCGGGGGCCUGUCUGUGCCGCCUGCCCACAGCCCCCCCAGUAACUGGGAGCAGCCCGUGUACACCACCCUGACCAGACCCUGAAGGUGCGGCCGCGGGAGGGGCGCCAGCCGAGGACUGCUGCGCCCCGGCAGAGACACACAGGCCUCCGGGGUCUUGGAAGGUGCAGCGAGGGCAGGCGCUGCGGCUGCAUCAAGUGCCUGCCGAGGCCCGUGAGGAGCCAGGCUGUGCGAACGAGCCCCCUCUGCUUCCAGAUUUCCAGACCCCCAUCCACGGACAAAGCCCUCCUUCUCUUCCCUCUCUCUUUUUGUGGGGACUGCGGCUCGGAAGCCCAGCUGGGCCCCACUUCCGAGCAGGCACGGGUUUUGCAUCUCCCUGGCUGCAAAGUGGCAGCCACAGCACAAGAGACAAAAGGAGGGAAGAGGUGUGGGGGCUCCGGGCCCCCCGAGCUCCGGCCAGCCUUGGUACUGAGAACUUGCAGGGCCCACGGAUGACAUUCCCACGGCCGGGAGGCGUCCGAGGGAACACCUCCUGGGACCAGCCCAUUAGACCGGAGGUGUUCCUUGUAGUUAAGGUUCUUCCGAGCAAGGUUUGGCUGUGAUUAACACUUCUCUCCUUUUAUUUUAUUAUUUUUUUUUAAUUUUUAUUUUUGAAGCUUCAAUAUAUUUGUUUUGAAAGCUGUUAAAAUGUAUUUAUGUUCUGUGUUAUUUUAUCUUUAAUUAAUGAAGUAAUCUGUGCAGAGAGUAGAAUUUAAGACGAGACAGAAGCCGGAGAGCUGAGGGUGAGGCAUGGGCGGGGCAGAGCGUGGGGGUCCUUGCUCCGAGUGGCAGGGCCCCAGCUCUGGGUCUCCUGGAGGUGGCUGGAGCCCCGAGGCAGGAGAAGGGGCUUGCCCUGUGGUUUCUCUGAUCAGGUUGGGGUACCCCUGGCACGGGCAUUAAGUCAAGGUUUAGGAGGCAGAGUGCCACUGAAUUUCACCCCUGCCUGUGCCAAGUGGUGGAGGCGGGGAUUUCCUGGGACUCGGUGGCUCCAGAAACGCAUUAAUCUUGGCUCUUAGGAACCAGGCGCCACCUACAAGCUGUGAAACUAGAACCUUCUCCACUAAGCGUUUUUAGAUUCUUAGUUUUAGAAGAAAAAUGCCGAUUUACCUGUCCUGCUUCUGCUGUGCGCUGAGCGACGAUAACCGCCUACUUCCUGGAAAAUUGUGCCUUUAAAACUUUGUAAAUUUAAGUACAUCUGAGAUGUUGCUUCUUUUUACUUUUUCUACUUUUUCCUACCUUUUUCUAGAAAAAAAUUUUUUUUUUUUUUUUGCAUAUGUCUUCCUGGGGGUGGGGGCAGGGGGCUGCAGCAAACUCAUUUUUAUGCAAUCUAUUUUUCGGUGUCAAGUUUGAACUUUCGCUGUCACUUACCUGCUGUGUUUCGCUCCUUUCUGACCAAGCAACGCUAACUUUUG